UCUUCUCUCCAUCUUUCCUCAGCAACAGCCACACCCAGCUCUGCAGCCUGGGAGCUCGUCUCUGUUCGCAGCAAGCUCAAACAGUCUCAUUCAGAGCUCUGCAGCACCCAAUCUGCAUGCAUUGAUGCAUGCAUCUGUUGCACGUCUGCUGCCAAGUGAUGCUGCGCGAGUUUUAAUCGGGAUUCCCCUCACUGCGCACCUAUUGGAGGCUUUACGGUAGCUGAAUUUGCAAGAGGGCUGGCCCUGCGGGCCCCUCAGCGCUCUCAUUGUGACUGCAGCUUCACUCUCUCUCACACACACAAGGGUAUUAGUGUCGGAGCAGCUUAACCUGCAGAAGCCGCCGCCCACCCGCCAGCCCCUUCUGCCCCUCGCUCCCCACGGCAAAAACUGGACCCGCCUCACCAGAUCUGAGCCGACAGUUCAACGCCAUACCUUCCAGUUUCAACAGGCAGAGAAGCUCAGCUUUCAGCUCAGAUCCAGUAGGUGACCCUCAGGCAGACGGACAUGGCAGACGGCACGCAGCCAGAGGACCACUGGGCCGCCAAUGGCCAGGAGAACGGAGAGAACGGCUACUCAUCCUACGGCUACCGGGAGAACGGUUACCACGCUGCGGCGGCCGCUCCGCCUCCAGUAACAGUGGACGACUCGGCCAACCUGCCUCCCUCCCCUCCCCCAUCUCCAUCCGCUGAGCAGACUGGGCCCCUGGGACAAGCCCAGCCAGCGGAGAGCAAAACAUCUUGUGAAUCUGAGGUGCAAGAAGGCGAAUGUCCUGUAACUUCUGAAGAAGAACUUGCUUUGAGUAAACAUCCCACUACUUCAGAGAAAGAUCUCUCGGAGGGGUCCUCAACUGAACAGAUUGAUAAAGACAGAGGAGAUAACAAAGAAGAAUCCCCUGAAGACUGCAAGCCUUUGGAGUCUAAAGUCAAGGACCAUGAAGAUAUUUUGCCUACAGAAGAUGCGGGAAGCCUCAAAACAGAAAAUAAUGCCGGAGUUAUGUUACCCAAGAAGUCACAAGCUCCUUUGAAUGAAAGUACUGAGAAGACUGAGGAAGGAGAAACAAUAAGUCAGGGCAAUGAGGACAAUAGCAUUCAGAAAGAAACAGUGCAGUUAAAAGAACGAUCAGAUAAAGAUUCAAAGACUUACUUUGAAACAUCAAAAAGUCAAGAAGAGGGAUUGUCACAAGGCUAUUAUGAACUCAAUUUAACCUCAGAGAAAGGGUAUGACAGAGCUCUGGAUCAAUUUGAAGAACGAGAGAAGAAAAAUGUGAGGAUAUCACCUGAUAAAGCACAGUUAGAGCAACGCAGACUGUCCUUGAACAUUCCUAGUGGGUCUUCAACAGAAAUGACUGUAAAAGUAGACAAGUCGAGGAGAUUCUCUGAAAGCUUGUGUCCAGUCAGCGGAAGCUUUGAGGGGACAGAAGUUCCUCCAAUAACCCCAUUUGUUGAAAUGUAUACUUCACCACUUAAGCCUGUAAUUUCCAUUAUCUCAACACCAACACCAUCUGAUAACAUCCAGACAAUGCAAGAUGCUUCUGCUGAGGGGCAUGGUUCUAGCUCUGACCAAUCAGAAAGCUUCUCUGAUAUGUUGGACUUGGCUGGAGUCCCACUUCGUCCGUCAAUACAGAUGAGGGACCACAUGAGACGAAAAUCAAUGCCAGCCAGUGCACUCCUCGGUAAUGCCUUUGACAAGUUGAGUCUAUCAGAACAAAUUUUGACAGAGGUGGCAGGGGAGAAUCAACAGGAGGAGUUUGGCUACUGCGUGUUCAGUGAAUACUCGGCACCCAUGCCUUCUCCAGCUGAUGUACCAAAUCCCGGAGACUCUCAACACCAGCACUUCCCUUCUUUGGGUUCUGAAGAAGAAGAGGUUUCUAAAGUCGUGGAAAUUGAGGAUGGUCAAACUCAAGUGCAACAAAAAGAUCAGAAAGAAAUUACCCAGGUUUCUCAAAAACAUGUGUUGGAAAAGAAAGAUCCACCAGUAAAGACCUCCUUGAUUCUGGAGAAAGCUGUGACUAGUGGAUUAAAACCAGAUCGCUUACUAAUCCCAAUGACGGCUUCGAAAGACCGUCUUACUGAACUUCGUCUGGAGACUGGCCUACCUGGGGACAUAAAGAUCCAGGCAAUACCUGAGGUGGAUAUCGAAAAAGACCCCUCUAGAGAGGCCUCACCCAUUCCACCGGACAACUCCUUUACUUUCACUCCUGCAGAAACCGGAAGUAGAUUUCCCCUGAGUCCCAUCAGCCCCAAAUCUGAAGGAACCCUAGAAACUCAAGGCGGUGAGCCACAGGGGAAAGAUGAUAUGUCCAACAAAUCUUCAGAAUCCAAGAGUGUUGAUGAAGAUCUGGAGGCAAACAAAGCGAUGGCAAAGACUGAGGUUGUAGAUCAACAAGAAAAAGCUGAGGAAGCAGACAGAACCACGACAGUAUCAUUGGAGCCUUUACAAGAUAGUUUGGAAGAAAAACCUUUGAGCUCAGGAGAAACAGAAACACAAACACCUUCAGAAGUUUCUCAGCAUUUAAGCAUUGAAAAGGCAGGAGGUGAAAAGACUCCCCAAAUCCAAUUACCAGAGUUAACGCUAACAAAAGACUCAUCAAGGCCACAAGUAUUAUCUCCAAUCAUUGUAAUACCUCAAGCACAAGUAGACGAAGAGGAGGAUGACAUUGAGAUUGCGGAAGAACCUCAAGAGAUUAUGGAAGAACCUGAAGAGAUUCUGCACUCCAAGAGUAAUAUAAUAGCAGAAAGUAUACCUGAUAUACCUGAAGCAGAGGAGCAGAAGGACCAAAUGAGACUGAUGGUUUGUGAUAAGACACUGGACGAUGAUCCCAAGUCAGGAGCUGAAGAAUGGAGCCAUAGUGCCCUAAACAGCGACGAAGGGGAACCUGCUACAGACAGUUCACACUUGUCCCCAUGUUCUGACCACGACCUAUUACAGCAGUCUGAGGAAGGUGAUGAGGAAGAAAAAGAGGAAGAGGACCUGCAGGUAGAUAAGAUGAAAUGGACAAAAGAAGAGAAUGAAGGGGUAAAGAAAGAUAAAGCUUAUCAAGAGGUAGUGGAAGGAGUUGAUUAUGAUGCAACUGGUGAUGAAAAAGAGAAGAAGGUCCUGAUUGAAGAGGAUGGAACCAAAGAGAAAGACAUAGAGAUUGGUGAAGAAGCAAGUCUGGCAACUAACGAUGAAACCACAAUGAAUGUGUCCAUCCUGGAUACAGACAGUGGCUGGAUGGACCCUCAAGAUGAUGACAAAAGUAUCAUGACUGAGCAAAUCGAAGCCCUUCCUCAGACACAGAGUUCUACUGCUGCAUCUACGGUGGUGGACUGCCCUGCUAAACAGUUACCCGGCAAAGGAAGGGGCCGCCUUGGCACUGCUGAAUGCAGAGUGACACGCAAAGCACCGACCUACCAUCCGCCAAGAGAGGAGAUAAGAAAGAAAAAAGGCGUGAGGAGGGCUGACCAGAGUAAGGUGUCAGCCCUCCAAAGUCGCUCUCCAUCUCGAAAGAGUGGAGCCAAAGUGGCGGCCAGACAUCCUAGGCCUGCUCCGCUUCACGGCUCUGCUAAGCGCAAGGCCACAGGUAUGGCACAACACCAGCCGCUCAGUGUGGCCCAGCCGUCCAGGGAGAGGCCCACUUCGCGACAGAGAAAAUCUAGCCCCACAAGGGCUGUUCUGUUAAAGAUGGCAGUGCAGCGUGGCGGGGGGUGCCCCCGGCCGGGCUCUGCCUGCAGCCUUAAACGGAGCCCCCUGGUGGAGGCGGUGAUAUGCGAGGCUCGGCCCUCCUCUGCCUGCUCCCGCCCUGCCCCUCCACCAAACAAAUGGGAGAGAACAUACCGUAGCCCGGAGAAGAGGUCAUCCCUUCCUAGGCCAGCCAAGUCUCUGACUCGCCAUAUUCCUGCUGCUGAGCAAGAGGACAGCACCCCCUCCAGGCCAACCUCGAUCCGAACCGACUCCAGAGGAGACGGCAGGUCUGGAAGAGCCCCUAGUACGGCAGGCACAGACUCAGCCCGGUCCCGGUCGGUCCGCAGUGGCGCCUCCACCCCAGGGUCUGCCGUCACACCCGGCACACCGCCCAGCUACUCCUGCCGCACCCCGGGGUCGCGCACCCCCGGCAGCCACACCCCCAAAUCCUUCAGCGUCCUCCAGGAGAAGAAGGUGGCAGUGAUCCGGACCCCGCCCAAGUCCCCUUCGUCAGUCCAGCGGCAGCUGAAGGUCAUCAACCAGCCGCUUCCCGACCUGAAGAAUGUAAAGUCCAAGGUCGGGUCCACAGCCAACCUCAAGCACCAGCCGAAAGGAGGACAGGUUCAGAUUUUAAGCGAGAAGCUGGACUUCACUCAUGUUCAGUCAAAGUGCGGCUCCAAGGAUAAUCUGAAGCACACGCCCAAAGGAGGCCAUGUUCAAAUCCAGACCAAGAAGAUCGACUUGAGCCACAUCACCGCCAAAUGUGGCUCCAUGUCCAACAUUCAUCAUAGACCUGGGGGAGGACACAUUCGUAUCGAGAACGUGAAGCUGGAUUUCAAAGAUAAGGCUCACGCCAAAGUCGGCUCCCUGGACAAUGCCAGCCACAUGCCUGGAGGAGGGAAUGUCAUGAUCGAGAGCCACAAGCUGAGCUUCCGGGAAACGGCCAAAGCCCGCGUGGACCACGGCGCCGAAAUCAUCAUCACCCACUCCCCCGGUGUGGAGACGGGGGGCACGUCUCCACGCCUGUCGUCCGCCGGCAGCAUCAACAUAACGGAGUCGCCCCAGCUGUCCACGCUGGCGCAGGACGUCACAGCCGCGCUGGCCAAGCAGGGCUUAUGAGCUUUCGGUCCGUCCCCCCUGUCCUCCUGUCAUUGUGCCCCCCAUAGACAUCCAGCGUUGUCCCUUCAGUGCAACAUGAUCCCCAACACCUCAUAACCCCCACAGUUGUAGUCGAUCUGGCUGUCGUUCGUCCAUUCGGAUUUUAAAGAUUCUGCCGCCUUUCAACGGGAAGCCUCUCAGUUCUUCUAUCCUCAACUCUAAUAUGGAUGUUCGUUUCAGAUCCGAUAGGCCGAUUGUCUGAGCAAGUGGUUUUUACGAUUGUAUGACGAAUAUUUUGAAGCGCAUCGCCACAGGCCUCCAGAAUUUAUACGGUACCGAAUGCGAUUUAUUGCUACUAGAUAAUUAAUGUUGUCUUAAAGGAUACAAAUGUAUGAGAGACUGACGCAGAAAUGCAAAAGAGUGGCUGACAAGUGGACAUGUCUGCUGAAAUGUGACAUGAGUUCGUUUCUGUUCAUCUGUUGGAGUUUAAUGUUUUCUUGCUCUGUUUUCUUUUUUUUUACAUAAAUGUUACUGUAGUGUUACCGUUUUGUACCUUCCCUGUGGCUGCUCUGGCUUGUUGGCAAUUAUAAUAACCAUGGCAGUUGUGUAAAAUGUCGAGCGAUGAACAGCUAGCUUUAUAAAAGGCUUUCUUUUUUUAUUUUUAGUCGUCCCACCCCCAAAGCUGCCUGUUUACGUUUGUUUUUAUAUUUGCGCUGGGGUUUUACAAGGUUACACAAUACUGUUGUGCUGGCAUGGCAACAAAAAAAAACAACGAUUACGUUCGAGCUAUUUGCAGCUAUUUUAAACUUUUUAAGUUUGAACAAAAACGGCCCGGAUACAAUCCAAGUCAGGCCUGAAUAAGCCUUGUGACCCUCCUUGUUUUUGCUUAAGCACUGGGUGGUACGAUGUGUUCAAAUGGGUUUGUUCAAAUUAAGUGUGAAGUAUGAAGCUUUAUAUGAAAACAUUCCUGUAGGGUAAAAAAGAAAAAAGAAACGUGUUGGUUUUGAUCGUUGCUGGAAGUCCAGAAGAAAGAAAGAUAAGAGUUCUUUUUCUUUCUAAAAAAAAAACUAAAAAAGUAAAAUGAAACUCUUCUAUCAGAUUUUUGCUCACCUUUGUGGAACCCUUUAUCCCCCCGGUGUCAGGGAACCCCCCCGCCCCCCCUCCACUGUUUCCCCGUGCUUCCUCUUUCUCCAUCCCCUCUUUGCCUGUGUAAGUGUAUUUAAAGAAAUGUAGAUGUGUGUGCACUAUUUCCAAUGGUUGAGAUGUACUGAUGAUGACAAAUGCUCCGACAAAAUGACAACUGCAUAAAUAAAGAAAAUAAAAACUGA